AACGGACUGCAUGAAAAUCAGAAGAAGAUCACGUUAUCUCUCUCUCUCUCCUCUCUGAAUCCUAUCUCCGCCAUGACCGAUCUGUUCUUCGCCAAUUCCAGGCGCUCGAGCGGGAAACCCUAGCAGGGAUUAGCAGGUGGAGCUGAAGGCGAAGGCGAAGGCGAAGGCGGAGCUCUUUCCAUGGACAACUGCGCGGGAGGGUGCGAGAGUCGGUGAUUCCCCGGUUGGCCCCCCGUCCGAUCGAGCCGAGCCGAGGUUAACGGAGAGCUGCGCCUGAUUUGGCAGGGAAUCCCUAUCCCCGAAUCGGAGGUUCGGGAAGAUGAAGGGGCUAUUCAAGUCGAAGCCCCGGACCCCGGUCGACGUAGCUCGCCAGACGCGCGAUCUCCUCAUCUUCGCCGAUAUCCACGGCGAUGGGCGCGAGGGCAAGCGCGAGGAGAAGAUGGCAGAUUUGUUUAAAAAUAUAAGGGAGAUGAAGUCGAUUCUCUACGGGAGUAGUGAAGCUGAGCCGGUAGCGGAAGCUUGUGCACAGUUGACUCAGGAAUUUUUCAGAGAGAACACUCUUAGAUUACUGAUAAUUUGUCUUCCAAAAUUGAACUUAGAGGCUCGUAAGGAUGCUACUCAAGUUGUUGCAAACUUACAAAGGCAACAAGUUCAUUCGCGUUUGAUCGCAUCAGAUUACCUUGAGGCGAAUCUCGACCUUAUGGAUAUUUUGAUGGCAGGUUAUGAGGACACGGAAAUGGCUUUACACUAUGGGGCAAUGCUGAGGGAGUGCAUACGGCAUCAGGUCGUUGCAAAGUAUGUGUUGGAAUCACAGCACAUGAAGAAAUUUUUCGACUACAUCCAACUCCCAAAUUUUGACAUUGCUGCAGAUGCCGCUGCAACCUUUAAGGAACUUUUGACGAGGCAUAAAUCUACUGUAGCUGACUUUCUUAACAAGAAUUAUGACUGGUUCUUUGAAGAGUAUAACUCAAAGCUGUUGGAGUCAACCAACUACAUCACCAGGCGACAAGCUGUGAAGCUUCUGGGAGAUAUGCUGCUUGAUCGUUCAAAUUCAGGGGUGAUGAUGCGUUAUGUGAGUUCAAGGGAUAAUUUGAGGAUUCUCAUGAAUCUUCUCAGGGAGUCAAGUAAGAGCAUCCAGAUAGAGGCAUUCCAUGUGUUCAAGCUCUUUGCUGCCAAUGAAAAUAAACCUCCCGACAUCGUCGGCAUACUCAUAGCAAACAGAAGCAAGCUUCUCCGCUUGUUUGCGGACUUUAAGUUUGAUAAAGCGGACGAACAGUUUGAGGCAGAUAAAGCACAAAUAGUCAGAGAAAUAGCGGCGCUCGAACCCGGGGAAAGUGCAUGAACAAGUCCGUUUUGUAUUUUAUGUCCAUAAGUUUCUUCGUCGUCCUGGCAAUUAUAUAACUGUGAAUUAUGAGAGGCUCUUCAUCCUCUGUAAGGUAAGAGUUCCAGAAUCUCGCCCCGUCCUUCAAGUAAAUUAAUACUUUCCAUUUUCUCGCAAGCUAUUCAGAUGCUCGCGCUGUCUUUUCAGAAUGCAAAUUUUGUAACCUAAUCAAUCUUUGGAACAACUCGUGUAAGACACAUCUGUAUAUCACUUGCGUGGUGCUUCUUUUCGCGCUUGACAUUCUAAGCAA